AUGUCUUCGAAACUCGCCAUCACGGACUUACUGCCUCUCCCCAAUUCCGACGUCAAGAUCCCCCGCCUUGGGUUCGGUGUCUACCGCUCUCCCACCGGCCAAUGUGUCCAGUCAUCACUGAAAGCCCUUGAAGCGGGAUACCGUCACAUUGAUACUGCCCAGUUUUACGGCAACGAGAAGGAGGUCGGGGAAGCUCUCCGCAAGUGCGGCAUCCCUCGCAGCGACAUCUUCGUUACUACGAAAAUCCUGAGCCCAGCCGGGUCCCCCGAAGCUACGUAUCAGAAGCUACUAGAAAGCAUCGAGAAGAUUGGCGGUCAGGAUGGAUACGUGGAUUUGUUCCUCAUUCAUAGCUCAAGCUCCGGUUCGGCCGGUCGGAAAGAGCUCUGGCAGGCCUUGGAGAGGCUUCUGGAGGAAGGCAAGACGAGGAGCAUCGGUGUGAGCAACUUUGGGGUGAAGCACAUCGAGGAGAUGAAGGAAUAUGCCAAGGUCUGGCCGCCGCACGUAAACCAGAUUGAGCUUCAUCCCUGGUGCCAACAGCGAGUCAUUGAUGCAUAUUGCAAGAGGAACGGCAUUGUCGUUGAAGCAUAUUCCCCGCUCGUGCGAAACUAUAAAGCCAACGACCCAACGCUAGUCGACGUGGCCAAGAAGUACGAAAGGACGACGCCACAGAUUUUGAUACGCUACGCGCUGCAGAAAGGAUGGGUUCCGUUGCCCAAGAGUGACACGCCUGAGCGGAUUGUGGCUAAUGCCAACGUAUUCGAUUUUGAAAUUGGUGAGGAGGAUAUGGCGGUAUUGAAUGCUCUCGAUCAAGGAAGCGCUGGAGCUAUUGUGGAGGCCGUCGAAAACGAGUAA